UAACGGAUUGUCUAAAUUUAAUUUUAAUUAACUGUUAACUUAACGAUAAAAAUAAUUGUUGGAGAUUAAUUAGCACGCGCCACUCUUGUUUAAACGGCGAGAUUUUGAUCGACUUUGCUGUAUUUUAUCUAAACAGUUUAUACUUUUUUUAUUAUCUCUAUAAUUAGCAUACGUAUCUAACCGGUUGAUGAACAAUAUUUUCCUUCAGUUUAAUCUUGCCACGUCUAUUCAACGCUUCCUCAUUGCUUUGAUAAGAACUAUAAGUACCGAUUUGCCAAAAAGUUAAUUAAUUCAUUCGCCAUUUAUCAUCACAAAAUGAUGGACAAAUUAUUUUUACUAAUAUUUUGUCUGUCAAAUUUUCUUUUCCUAUCGGCAACUCCUAAUCAAGAUCCAGUGGUGAGAAUUCGACAAGGAACUUUAAAAGGGAAAAUUGGUCAAGACAAAAAUGGAAGAAAUUUCUCGUCCUUUUUGGGGAUUCCGUAUGCUCGUCCUCCGGUGGGAGAAUUUAGAUUCAAAAAUCCAGAAGCAGGACUUCCAUGGAGAGGAAUUCGGCAAGCAACCGAGGAAGCAAAUAUCUGUCCUCAAUUAGAGGAAGAAAACGUUAAGGGCAAUGAGGAUUGUCUAUUCAUAAAUGUUCAUACUCCAUUCUUACAAUUUAAUUCUCCAAUUGACAAUAACAAAUUAUUACCAGUGAUGGUCUGGUUUCAUGGAGGAGGAUUUUUCUGGGGAAAUGGAAAUCCAAGUUUCCUUGGUCCCAAUUUUCUACCAUCUCGAAAUGUUGUUCUCGUUUCAUUGAAUUAUCGUUUGGGAAUUUUUGGAUUUUUAACGACUGGAAAUUCAGCGUCGCCUGGAAAUUUUGGCCUCAAGGAUCAAGUUAUGGCACUCAAAUGGAUUCAAGAGAAUAUAAAAAAAUUCGGCGGUGAUCCGAAUCGAGUGACAAUAUUCGGAGAGAGUUCCGGUGGGGCUUCUGUUCAAUUUUUAGCUCUUUCGGAUCAAACACACGGUUUGUUUCAUCGGUACAUUAUUCAAAGUGGAAAUGUACUGGGAGCUUGGUCAUUUCGAAGAAGAGAAAAUUAUCAACCUUAUUUGGAUACAAUUUCGAAAACUGUCAACUGUCCGAAUACGAAUUCGGAGACUUUUGUCAAUUGCCUGAGAAAUCAAAGUGUGGAAAAAUUAUUGAAUAUUUUUAAAGUGAAGAAUGAGGAAUAUCCACUUUUACAUUGGCUACCGACAAAUGAAGCAAAAUCGAAAGAUGCAUUUAUAACCGAGAGACCCGAGGAAUUAAUGGCGCAAAAUAAAAUGAGGGAUCUGCCGUUUAUCGUUGGAUCAACCACUGACGAAGGACUAUUUUUAUCCUUACUCUACUACGCAAAUCUAACAUCAGCUUCACUUACGAACGCCACAAAAAAUGCAAUUACUUUUAAUGCCGAAUACUAUUUAACUAAGGACAAAAUACCAAAAUUUACAAAAGCAGUAAUUGAUUACUAUUUUAAUGGAUCAAUCGAGUCUCUAAGUAGGGACGAGCUCAUUAAAAAUUACACGAGAUUUUUGACCGACGCAGGAUUCUUUUAUCCGCAAGUAAAAUUACUGGAAAAAAUGUCUCAAUAUGCACAAAGUCGAUUCUAUUCUUAUUUGUUUGGCUAUCGUGGAAAUAAUAGUUACACAUCAUUAAUUUACACAGUAAAAGAAAAUGUGGGUGUUGUGCAUUCAGAUGAUCUUCUUUAUCUUUUUUCUGGAAUUCCACUUUCUUGGCUGACCAAAGACGAUGAAAAAAUUACUGAUCUGAUGCUUGAUUUAUGGACGUCGUUUGCAAAAAAUAGCGUACCAAAGUCGCAUCAGAUAAAUAAUCCUCAUCUUUGGCAGCCUUAUAAACAGUGUCAAGCUCAUUUGAGAAUUGGAGAUAUUAAUAAUAAUACUAUUCCAUCUGUGACUCUUCAGCGUCAAUUUUAUCCAGACGCAAUGAAUUUUUGGAAAAAAACACUUCCAAUUUUAUAAAUUGUCAUAAGUUUUUUGUUUAUAAAAAUCGUAUGUAUUUAAAUAUAACUAGCUAACUUCUCACUCACUUUUUUAAAAUAAA